ACACCCGAGAAGGACGACCGAAACUACGAAGACCCGCUUCGUUUAUUCGCUUCUUUUAGUGCAGGCGCAGAUUCUCUCUCUCUCUCUAUCUUCCCUCAUUCGCCAUUUCUCUUUCUCUGGUUCUCAUUCGGGGAGCAAAAUGCCGCUGAGGCUCGAAAUUAAGAGGAAACUUGCUCAGAGAUCCGAGAGAGUGAAAUCAGUAGAUCUGCAUCCGACAGAGCCAUGGAUUCUAGCGAGCCUUUAUUCUGGAUCAGUUUGCAUCUGGAACCAUCAAUCACAGACAAUGGUGAAGUCAUUUGAGGUCACGGAACUUCCUGUGCGAUCUGCAAAGUUUAUAGCUCGAAAACAGUGGAUAGUUGCUGGCGCUGAUGACAUGAUAAUUCGUGUUUAUAACUAUAAUACCAUGGACAAAGUGAAGGUAUUUGAAGCACAUACUGAUUACAUUAGGUGCGUGGCGGUGCAUCCCACAUUGCCAUAUGUGUUGUCAUCAUCUGAUGACAUGCUCAUCAAGCUCUGGGAUUGGGAAAAGGGAUGGAUGUGUACUCAGGUUUUCGAGGGGCAUUCACAUUAUGUCAUGCAAGUAACAUUUAAUCCGAAGGACACAAACACUUUUGCUAGUGCCUCUCUGGAUCGGACAAUCAAGAUAUGGAAUCUGGGCUCACCAGACCCUAACUUCACUUUGGAUGCCCACAUGAAGGGGGUAAACUGUGUUGAUUACUUCACUGGAGGAGACCGACCUUAUCUAAUUACAGGAUCUGAUGAUCAUACAGCCAAGGUGUGGGACUAUCAAACCAAAAGUUGUGUUCAAACCUUAGAAGGCCACACACACAAUGUUUCAGCCGUUUGUUUUCACCCUGAGCUCCCCAUCAUCAUUACUGGUUCUGAGGAUGGGACUGUUCGCAUAUGGCAUUCAACUACUUAUAGGUUAGAGAACACUCUGAAUUAUGGCCUCGAGAGAGUCUGGGCAGUUGGUUAUAUUAAAGGAUCUAAUCGGGUUGUAAUAGGAUAUGAUGAGGGCACAAUUAUGAUAAAAAUUGGCCGUGAAGAACCAGUGGCAAGCAUGGAUAGCAGUGGAAAGGUCAUCUGGGCCAAGCAUAACGAAAUUCAAACUGUUAACAUCAGAGCCGUUGGAGCAGAUUAUGAGGUCACAGAUGGAGAGAGAUUGCCUCUGGCUGUUAAAGAGUUGGGAAGCUGUGAUUUAUACCCUCAGAGUUUGAAGCACAAUCCAAAUGGGAGGUUUGUUGUGGUCUGUGGAGAUGGAGAAUACAUCAUUUACACGGCUCUGGCAUGGAGAAACAGGUCUUUUGGCUCAGCCCUUGAAUUUGUUUGGUCAUCUGAGGGAGAAUAUGCUGUUAGAGAGAGUACCUCAAGAAUAAAAAUAUUUAAUAAAAACUUUCAGGAGAAGAAAAGCAUCAGGCCGACGUUUUCUGCAGAGCGAAUAUAUGGGGGAACUUUGUUGGCAAUUUGUUCAAACGAUUUCAUUUGCUUCUAUGAUUGGGGUGAAUGUAGGCUUAUCCGUCGCAUAGAUGUUAAUGUUAAAAACUUGUAUUGGGCAGACAGUGGGGAUCUGCUUUCAAUUGCUAGUGAUACUUCCUUCUACAUUUUGAAAUAUAAUAGAGACAUUGUGGCUAUGCAUUUAGAUAGUGGAAAUUCAGUAGAUGAGCAAGGUGUUGAAGAAGCAUUCGAGGUUCUCCAUGAAGUGAAUGAACGUGUACGAACGGGAAUCUGGGUUGGAGAUUGUUUCAUUUACAACAACUCUACUUGGAGAUUGAAUUACUGUGUUGGUGGUGAGGUAACCACCAUGUUUCACUUGGAUCGGCCAAUGUACUUACUUGGUUACCUUGCAAGUCAGAGUAGAGUUUAUCUUAUAGACAAAGAAUUUAAUGUUAUGGGAUAUACUCUGCUUCUCAGUUUGAUUGAGUACAAAACUCUUGUUAUGCGUGGAGAUCUGGAACGUGCAAGUGAAGUAUUACCCUCAAUACCCAAGGAGCAUCUCAAUAGUGUGGCCCGUUUCUUGGAAUCUCGGGGAAUGUUAGAGGAUGCAUUAGAAGUGGCAACGGACCCUAACUAUAAAUUUGACCUAGCUGUACAACUUGGAAGAUUGGAGGUAGCACAGGCUAUUGCCACUGAAGUGCAAAGUGAAUCUAAAUGGAAACAGUUGGGAGAACUUGCAAUGUCCAAGGGGAGGUUAGAAAUGGCAGAGAAAUGUUUGGUCCAGGCAAUGGACUUGAGUGGUUUAUUGCUUCUCUAUUCAGCUCUUGGAGAUGCUGAAGGAAUGUCAAAUCUUGUGGCACUUGCUAAGGAUCAAGGAAAGAAUAAUGUUGCCUUCCUUUGCCUUUUCAUGCUUGGUAGAUUGGAAGAGUGUCUUCAGUUAUUGGUGGCCAGCAAUAGGAUACCAGAGGCUGCUUUGAUGGCACGGUCUUAUCUUCCAAGUAAAGUUUCUGAAAUAGUGGCUCUUUGGAGGAACGACCUAAACAAGGUGAAUCGGAAAGCUGCAGAGUCAUUGGCAGAUCCAGAUGAAUACCCUAAUAUGUUUGAUGACUGGCAAAUUGCACUUGCAGUUGAGGCUGGCCUUGCCGAUGAGAGGGGUCAUUAUCCACCAGCUGAGGAGUACCUAGAUUACUCGGAAAAACGCCAAAUCAACCUUGUGGAAGCAUUUAGGAAUAUGCAACUUGAUGAUGGCACAACGGUGCCGAUGCAAAAUGGAGAUUUGGUCCAUGAGGAAGUGGAGGGAGAAGUUGAGGAGCAAGUUGAUGUAGAAGCAGAAAAUUCAGUAGACAGUGCCAUUCUUGUCAAUGGUCAUGAGACUGAUGAAAAGUGGAGCGUGAAUCAUGAUGGAAUUCCGUUGGCGUAGCGUUGAUCUCACUGCCAAUCACCGCUUGGCAGCGUAAAGUCCAAUUUUGCUUCUGUAAUGGUAUGCUGAUUGAACAGUCAGGAUCACAGUGUCAUGCCACUACUUGCAUUCUUGUUGGAUGCCCCUAUGAUGCACAUAAUCCAAUUUUGAGAGUGAUGUAUGCGUCCUACUAGUGUCUGGAUCAAGUGCAGCAGGCCAGGUGAUUGGACUUGUCCAAGCUGCAUGAGCACUGUGGUUAUGAUUGCUGCCAUGCCAAUAGUUCUCAGGGGGUUUCAGAUUUCACCGAUGUUGCAGGCUCCUGCAUGGUGAAGGGCGUGGAGUUGUUGGUUGGUUAUCAGUAGAGAUUUUUUUUUUCUCUUUCCAUGAUUUGUUCAGUAAAGAAAGUUGUAUUUCUUUUUCCUUCUUCCUCCUCCUUUUCGGGGUAUGGUGUAAUCGUCAAGGUUAAUUUUUUGUAGCAAUAAAACUCAUUUUACCAUGGAUUUUGUGGUGUGGCAUGUAACGGCACAAUUAGAAAUUCAUGCUGAAAUGAUAUUUUUUCUUCAAAACA